AUGCCUUUCUUGUGCCAUCUAUCUACUCUAAAAGACGCGGAAAACAAAAUCAGCGCCUUAAAAUCUUUAGAUGAUCUCCACAAGCGAAACAAAUGUAUCCGUUUCGCAGAUAAAUCUCCGGCUGGAUGGGCUGCUGUCGACGAAUACUUAUCCGACGAUUUUGCCAGCGAUUCAGAGGAUGAAAAAAAGAUGAAGGCUGCGGAAAACCGGGCUCUGAACAAGAAAAAGGCGACCAAGAGAAAGUCAACCUUCAAGCAUGUUCCACGUCGGCCCCCAUACCAGUCUUCCUCAUUCACUCACCAUUCGAAACAUCAAAAUUUUAUCCCCUUCGGCUCACAAUCUGCACCUCCGGGGAGGCCUAUCUUCGGGCUAUCUCAACAGCAACCAAGAUUCGCGAAUCAAUACCAGCGAAGUUACCAACAGCCCCAACAGCGAUCUCUGUGUUUCGGAUGCGGAAAACAAGGACAUUGGUCUUAUGCGCGCCAAGCUAAUCCUCCACAUACCGUGGAGGGCAAUCUCAGGCGGCGUCUACCUUACUUGGAGAACAUAGGCACUAAUAAAACUAUUUUAGAACUUAUAAAAUACGGAUACAAAAUUCCCUUUUUCACCACCCCUAAAAAGGCUUCUUUCAAAAACAACUGUUCGGCUCUUGACAAUGAAGAUUUUGUAAAUAAGGAAUUACACGAGUUACUUAAAACCGGAAGAAUAAAAGAGAUGGCUACUGAGCCACACGUGGUUAAUCCACUGAGCGUUAGUUCGUCCAAAAAUAAGAAGAGACUUAUUCUUGACCUGAGACAUGUAAACAAACACGUGUACAAACAAAAAACCACAUUCGAUGAUUGGAAGAUUUUCGGAGAAUUUGUUGAGGAAAAUGGUUUCAUGUUUAAAUUUGACAUAAAACAAGGCUAUCAUCACAUAGAAAUUGCUCCAGAGCAUCAAAAAUAUUUAGGAUUUUCUUGGGUAACAAAUGGCGAAAAAAGAAAGCUUAUUAAAACCGAAAUUGUUGCUAAGUUUCAAUUAAACCCUUUCGGAGAAAAGAAACACAGAUAA